GGUAAGACAGUGGCUCUCUGUUCUUUCUGCAGACAAGCCUGCUACAUUUACAAUGGCAGGAGGGAUCUUCACCAAUGUUGUCAACCUGUUUGAGGUGGACUGUGCUAACGUCCACCCCCUGGUGUGUCACUUAUGCCAUGAGCAGUACAAGUCCCCAUGUUUAUUGGACUGCUACCAUAUCUUCUGCGCCCGCUGCCUAAGAGGUCGGACCAAUGACUGCCGCCUCAGCUGCCCCCUCUGUGGAUACCACUCAAUGAUUAAAGGAAAUAAUGCCCUCCCACCAGAGGAUCGUCUGUUGAAGUUCCUUGUGGACAACAACGCAGAUGUUGAGGAGACGGUGCUUUGUGCCAACUGUGACCAAGAAAGCAACAAAAAGGACACAGGUCUGAUGUACUACUGUAACACUUGCAGCCAGCCGCUUUGUACCACCUGCCGAGAGCUGACACACAAGGCCAGAAUGUUUUCCCACCACGAGAUUGUGUCGUUGGCCAAACGCACCAAAGCCAAACACAGAAAAUGCUCUCUACAUGAGGAGCCCUACAUCCUUUUCUCAACAGAGAAUAAAUCAAUGCUAUGCAUCAAAUGUUUCAGAGAUAUGCAAGUAGAGAGUCGUACUCACUGCAUCGACAUUGAAACAGCUUAUGCACAGGGUUGUGAGAUGUUGGACCAGGCUGUGCUGGUGGUGAAGGAGCUGCAGACCUCAACUGGAGAAGCAAUCCACCUGCUGAGGUCAAUGAUAGGGGAAGUGCGUCUGAAUGUAGAGGAAGAAGAAAGUGCUAUCUGUAGUCUGUUCAACAGUUUGCAGGAAAGGCUUGCAGAGAGGAAAAAGACUCUGCUGAAAGCAGCUCAGAGUCAGCACGAGGAGAAGGAGAAAGCAUUAAAGGAGCAACUGUCUCACCUCACUGCUCUACUUCCAACACUUCAGGUCCAUCUGGUCACCUGCUCAGCCUUUCUCAGCUCAGCCAACAAAUAUGAGUUUCUGGAUAUGGGAUAUCAACUCAUGGAGAGGCUGAAGAGGAUUGCGAAACUCCCUCAUCGACUGCGGCCAGUGCAAAGCAGCAAAAUCAAUACUGAGUAUAGGAGUGAGUUUGCUCGUUGUCUGGAGCCUCUGCUCCAGAUAGUAUCCCGCCGUCCUCCUUCUGUUGCCGGUUCCACAAGUGUUGUAACAAGUUCCGGACAGGGAAACUGGAGGCACAGGAGCCUAAUGGAUUGGAGGCUCCAGUCCCCUCUCUCGUUACCCUGCCACUCGCCAUCUCUUAGUGAGAUGCCGGUGGGCUCGGUGUUUGGGCGAAAGCCGACAUCUCACAGGAACAUUUGCACUAAGGUCCUCCUGGCUGAAGGCAGGGAAACUCCCUUCACUGAGCACUGCCGCAACUACGAGAACGCCUACCGGACUCUGCAGACAGAUAUUCAGAAUCUGAAGGAUCAGGUCCAGGAGAUGCACAGAGACCUGACCAAGCACCAUUCCAUCAUCAACACAGAUAAAAUGGGAGAGAUCUUGGACAGAUCCCUGAAUAUUGACAAUCAAAUUGCUGCUCAGUACUCCACUGUGGAAACCAUGAGAGUUAUGUUUGAAGAGAUCUGGGAUGAAACUUUGCAGAUGGUGAAUAACGAGCAGGAGAUCUAUGAAGCUCAGCUUUAUGACCUGAUGCAGCUGAAACAGGAGAACUCUUACUUAACCACCAUCGCCAGACAGAUUAGCCCUUAUAUCCUGUCAAUCGCUAAAGUCAAAGAGAGGCUUGAGCCCAGGUUUCAGGAGCCUAAGGAGCAUCUUGAUGAUCGCACCGAAACAAUGCUGAAAAUCUAUGAGGACAGCACAGUGCCAAAGGACAGUCAAGACAGCGACAACCACAGUUAUGUCACAGAUCAAGACAGAAACAAGAACAGCCGCAACCUGAUGCUGGAGCCAGCAGAGAUUUCUGCGAAGAGCAGUCGAGCUGGCAGGCAGCGGGGCCCUGUGGAGACAUCCAGCAAAAAUGACAUUCCUUCGUAAACACCAUGUCAUUUCUUUUCUGAACUGGGUCCCUUCUCUAGUGGAACAGCAUGCCUUAAUUCAGCCAUAACAAGCCCAAGAUGGUAUAUGAUGUCCUUGCCUGCUGACAUAUAGAGCAGUACAUGACAUUUUCUCUGCAGUGAGCUGUCAACAGCUCCAACUUGAGCUCUUGGAUUGACACUAACUGGAUAUACGUGAAGGCCGGAAACUCACAGUUGUUUGAAUCCAAUGUUGACAAUCUUCUUUGGUCUUCAAGAGCAAAGAUGACAGUACUGCAGAAAAUUACUUUAUUUAGAGUAAUGAACCACCUUAUUGAAAGAGAGAGACCUCUCAGGACUAUUUUUUCAUGUUGUGUUUCUAAAAUGUUAACAAUGUGAAGUGUAGAGUCGUAUGUGUUUGCUUUUUGCACAAUGUAUCCCUUGCAUAAGUCACUUCUACGAUGGAUUGUGAUAAAUCACAUAUGACAGGUCAGUUUAAUUUCCUCAAAAGACUGUUGGAAAACCUGUGACUGCACAUUAUUGCAAAUGAAAAUGUAUGUUGAUUGUGGCAUAUUAGAGGGCAUACUAGACACGUCAUUUGAAUCACGCCCUGCAUCCUUGAAAAUAAAGCAACGUGGUGAUACUUUUAA